CUCCCUACACACCCUCUACCAAAAACAUACGCGCACGCCACUUGUACCACCUGCUCGGCACGAAUGGCGCCCAGGGCGGCGGAGAAGGCGGCCGUGGCCCCGCCCACCGGGCUCGGCCUCGGCGUCGGCGCAGGGGUUGGCCCCGUCGCCGGCGGCCCGCACUACAGGGGCGUCCGGAAGCGGCCGUGGGGCCGGUACGCGGCGGAGAUCCGCGACCCGGCGAAGAAGAGCCGGGUGUGGCUCGGCACCUACGACACCGCCGAGGAGGCCGCCCGCGCCUACGACGCCGCCGCCCGCGACUUCCGCGGCUCCAAGGCCAAGACCAACUUCCCGUUCCCUUCCUCCUCGUUGUCGUCCCCUCUCGCCGCCGGCAUGGGCGGAGGGAGCCCCAGCAGCAACAGUACCGUGGACUCGAGCGGUGGUGGCGGCCAGGCGCCCAUGCAGGCCCUCCCGCUGCCGCCCGCCCUCGACCUGGACCUCUUCCACCGCGCGGCGGCCGGCGGCGGCGCCAUGCGGUUCCCGUUCAACGGCUACCCCGUCUCCCGCCCGGGCCCGCCCAUGCACCCCUACUUCUUCUACGAGCAGGCGGCCGCCGCCGCGGCCGGGUACCACCGCGCGCUGAAGACGGCGCUGCCGGUGGCCGCCGUGGCGCAGAGCGACUCCGACUCCUCGUCGGUGGUCGAUCUGUCCCCGUCGCCUCCCGCGGCCACCGCCGCGCGCAGGGCGGCCGCGUUUGAGCUGGAUCUGAACGAGCCGCCGCCCGCGGAGAAUUAGACAGAUGUUAGACGAUGAUGACUGUAGUUUCUUAAUUUUUCCUUGAUCAGGAACGUUUUCUUUUCUCUUCUUUUGCUUCGGUCCUCUCCCCUGUAUUUUUGUUUAGUUGCCUGAGACCGACGGAGGAGCCUGCCAGCCAGCUUUGUAAAUAGUUUUUUUUCGCCGAGAACAGUACCGAUCUGAGAUCUGCUCGUCUAGACGGAUGAAACCUGCGUUGAGGGUGAUCUGAACCUUGAAGUAUGUGUGUAGCAAGGAAGGAGUAUUUCGUAAGAUCAUGAUGGUUAUUCAGAAAA